AUGGGUGACUGGAGCUUCUUGGGAAACAUUUUAGAGGAAGUAAACGAACACUCGACGGUGAUAGGGAGAGUGUGGUUGACGGUGCUCUUCAUCUUUAGGAUUCUAAUUCUGGGCACUGCCGCCGAGUUUGUCUGGGGCGACGAGCAGUCGGAUUAUGUUUGCAACACCCAGCAGCCGGGUUGCGAGAACGUCUGCUAUGACGAGGCCUUCCCCAUCUCCCACAUCAGGCUGUGGGUGCUCCAGAUCAUCUUCGUCUCCACGCCGUCGCUGGUGUACGUGGGCCACGCCGUGCACCACGUCCACAUGGAGGAGAAGCGCAAGGAGAGGGAGGAGGCCGAGAUCAGCCGCCAGCAGGAGAUGAACGAGGAGCGGCUCCCGCUGGCGCCUGACCAGGGCAGCGUCAGGACCACCAAGGAGACCAGCACCAAGGGCAGCAAGAAGUUCCGCCUGGAGGGCACCCUCCUGAGGACCUACAUCUGCCACAUCAUCUUCAAAACCCUGUUCGAGGUGGGCUUCGUGGUGGGGCAGUACUUCUUGUAUGGCUUUCGCAUCCUGCCCCUGUACCAGUGCAGCCGCUGGCCGUGCCCCAACACCGUCGACUGCUUCGUCUCGCGCCCCACCGAGAAGACCGUCUUCAUCAUCUUCAUGCUGGCCGUGGCCUGUGUCUCCCUCUUCCUCAACUUCGUGGAGAUCAGCCACCUGGGCCUCAAGAAGAUCCACUUUGUUUUCCGCAAGUCCCCCCAGCAGCAAGCGGAGGGGGGGCUUGUCCCAGAUAAGAGCCUGACCUCCAUGGCUGUCUCCUCCAUCCAGAGGGCCAAGGGCUACAAACUGCUGGAAGAGGACAAGCCCGUGUCCCAUUUCUAUCCCCUGACGGAGGUGGGGAUGGAGGCCGGCAGACUCCCCAUAUCAUUUGAGACAUUGGAGAAGCUGGAGGAGGCAGGACCCCCAGAAAAUAUAUCUAAGGUAUACGACGAGACCUUGCCUUCCUACGUUGAGACCACUGAAUCAGAGGAAGGGGUGCUACAGGAGGAGGAUGAGGAGGAGGAGGAAGAAGAAGAGGAACCUCCGGCUGAAGCUGAAGUGGAGGCCACUGAGACGAUAGAAGAUACCAGACCACUGAGCAGUCUGAGCAGAGCCAGCAGCAAGGCCAGGUCAGAUGAUCUGACGGUAUGA